AUGGCAACUAUUACUCUGGAAGAUCUUAAAUCCCUUUUAAAACAACAAAAAGAGGAAAUUCUUCAAAACAUUAAUGAAGCCACCGACAGAGUGAUUAAAAAUACGGAUGAGAAAGUAGGAAUCAUUUCAGAAAGAGUGGAUAAGCUGGAGAAAAUCGUAGAAACACAGGGAAAUAUAAUAGAAAAACAAGAAAUUAUGUGUUAUAAACAAGAAAAAAGAAUAGCGCAGCUAGAAGUAGGUCUGAGAAAAAAUAAUUUAAUAAUAUUUAAAGUAGAAGAAACUGAAUCAAAUGCAGAUGAACUCAAAGUACUUGUUAUUAACAUCAUAAACAAUAGCAACGAAGACUUUCAAAUAACAAUAAAUGACAUUGAAAACUGCUACCGUUUAGGAAAAACUACACAAGAAAAAACGAGACCAAUUCGUCUUACAUUCAAAAGCUACGAACAAAAACAAAAGAUUCUCCAAACAAAAAAAUCGCUUGCUAAUUACAGUAUCGCAGAGGAUCUCCCGAAAUCGCUUCUUGAGGCUAGAAAACCUCUGGUCCCAAAACUGAUCGAGUUCAAAAAACAAGGUAAAAGAGCAUACUUUAAUCUGGAUGAAUUAGUAGUAGACGGAAAAGUUUGGAAAGAAAGCACAGACUACGACUCAGAAAACUCUAGAAAAAGAACCCGCUCUACAGAAAAUUCACCCCCGCGACAAUCAAAAGUUACGAACAUCAGCAAACCAAAAACAAAAACAACUAUAAUUGGAUCAACAGAACUGAAUCCAAAAAAACAAGCCAUAAACCCAAUGAGAAAGUUUCUAUCACAGCAGAGUACGAACGAAUAUCUGAACAGAACGCUAUCGCCUAAAAACAACGAAGAUCAACAUCAACAUCAACAUCAACAUCAACAUCAACAUCAACAUCAACAUCAACAUCAACAUCAACAUCAACAUCAACAUCAACAUCAACAUCAACAUCAACAUCAACAUCAACAUCAACAUCAACAUCAACAUCAACAUCAACAUCAACAUCAACAUCAACAUCAACAUCAACAUCAACAACAACAACACCAACAACAACAACAACAACAACAACAACAACAACAACAACAACAACAACACCAACAACACCAACAACAACAACAACAGUGGUUACGGCAGCAGUGGCAGCAAAAACAACAACACCAACAACAACAACACCAACAACAACAGUGGUUACGGCAGCAGUGGCAGCAACAACAACAACAACAACGACAACAACAUCAACAUCAACAACAACAACAACAACAACAGCAACAACAACAACAACAACAACAACAACAGUGGUUACGGCAGCAGUGGCAGCAACAACAACAACAACAACGACAACAACAUCAACAUCAACAACAACAACAUCACCAACAACAACAAACACAACAACAUCAACACGAAAACCAAAACCAACACCAUUACUAUCACCAACACCAACGCCAACACCUACUCCAACAACAAAACCAACAGUACCAACAGCACCGACAAAACCAUCAACAACAUCAUCACCAGCAACACCAACAAGAACAACAAGAACAUCAACACCAACAACAACAACAACAAGAAGAACAUCAACACCAACAACAACAACAACAACAACAGCAGCAGCAACACCACCACCAACAACAUCUACAACAGCAACAACAGAAUAUUAUUGGCAGUGUUUCAAAUAUUACUGAAAUAGAAAAUAUAACUGUACUAGCAUACAAUAUUCAGGGCCUUAAUAAUAAAUUAAUGAAUGUCGAUUUCAUCCAUUUUAUACAUAAAUUCGAAAUAUUUUUUCUUUUUGAAACAUUUAUAACUAAUGAUAAUAUAAGUAAAUUUAGUAAAUAUUUUACAAAUUAUAAACUACAUUGGGUACCAGCAGUAAAAACUAAAAAGUUCGGGAGAGCAAGUGGAGGAUCCUUAUUUGGAUACAGAUUGGAUAAAAUUGUUGGCUCAUACAUUGAAUACAAUGAACAAAUAGUAUUGCAACUAAAAGAUGAAAAAGAAGAACUAUAUAUAUUGCCAACCUAUCUAAACUGCAACCACUGGAAUCGUGAUUUUAACAAACUAGCAGAAACAAUUCAAGUAAUUGCAAAAGAAAAUUUAAUGGUAAUUGGUGACAUGAAUGCACGUACUGGAGACCUGAAAAUUAAUGAAACGAGCUUUGUAAUAUCAUGAAAAGCGCUAUAUUUUAAAUUAAAUCAACUGGGAAUGUCGACAAAAAUGCUAAGGAUAAUAAAGGAACUGUACAACGGAUCAAAAUCAGCAGUAUGGGAUGGAACAAAAGCAUCGGAAUGGUUUGAAACCAAAACUGGUUUAAAACAAGGAUGUUUACUAAGUGCCAUGCUGUUUGUCCUUUUCAUAGACGAUGUAACAUCUUGUUUACCUGCCGGAAUAAACAUAGCUAACAAAGUUAUAAAAUGUCUCCUUUAUGCUGAUGACCUGAUUUUACUAGCUGAAUCACCUGAAAGUUUACAGCUGAUGAUUAAUAAGCUAAACGAAUAUUGUAAUUCCUGGAACCUUAUCAUCAACCUUGAUAAAUCAAAAAUUAUGGUAGCAGGCUGUUCGAAAGGACGAUGCUCACAAAGAGAGAAAUGGUAUUGCGGUAGAGAGAAUAUUGAAGUAGUCAAAACCUACAAGUACCUUGGAAUCGAUGUAACUCCAACCUUCAAUAUGAAACAACAUCUCUCUUCAAAACUUAUGCCAUUAAUAUUAGUUGGAAUCUCCUAUUGAGAAAGAAAGAGGUACCGAAUUCAGCUAAAUACAAGGUAUAUGAAGGGGUUCUACGUUCAAUGAUGUGCUAUGGAGCUCAGGUGUGGGGCUUUCAAGAAUUCGAGGAAGUCGAAAAACUACAAAGAUUCUUCAUCAAAAAAGUAUUUCAGCUUCCUAAAAAUACUCCAAAUUAUAUGCUUCAUCUCGAAACGGGACUAGCCACUCAUUAUAUAUUCACUCUGAAACUACAUGUUGACUACAUCAUAAAAGUUAUCUCGACGUAUAGUCAAGAAAGGCUGCAACACGUUCUAGGAUUGUAUGCUAUCAGAAGGAAUCAUCCCUUUAUACAAAAAUGGAAAGAACUAGCUGAAUCAGUUGACUCACCUUUGGAUGUAGACACUGAAAGACCAUUAGAACUCAGAAAUCAAAUGUAUGUUAUAAUAAGAGAAUUAGAUAUAAAACACAGAGAAAACUACACUAGAAUCAGAAAACCCACUCAUAUACCCAACUCUAGUCCAUAACCUCAACGAAAAUAAUUAUUUCAAAGACUCAAAUAGCUGCAGAAAAAUAUCGUUGUUGUUUAGAGCGAGAGGGGAACUCCUCAACUUGAAUGGAACGUCUUUUAACAAUAGCGAAACCAAUUACUGCACACUAUGUAAUCAACAUGCUAGAGAAGACACGUUUCAUUUCAUGGGUAUUUGUCCAAUAUUGAGAAACUGGAGGAUGCAGUAUUUCCAAAAACCAUCUUUAACCCUAGAGGAACUCAAGGAACUACUUAAUGGACCGAAUUGGGAAGCAAUAUAUAAAUACUGCAAUGAAGCUCUAAAUUAUAGAAGACUAAUUAUUACGGAAUUUAUUUAGAACAUUUAAGUUACAUAUAUGAACCUAUUAGAUACUAUUAUAUAGGUCCCUCCGACAGACGGCAAAUUUCGCCAUUGUCAUUUCAUUCAUUUAAAAAUUGUAACAAAACAAAAUGUCAAAACUGUGUUAAAUAAAUGAAUCUUAAUCUUAAAAAAAAAAAAAAAAAAUCUUAAUCUUAUAGGUGUAGUUUGUCGAUGGUUCGAACUUCCCAAUCGAAAUUUCGAUUCAGAUUCAAUUCAAUAUUUACUGGCUGAAUACAAUGGUGUAGCUGUGGCUCAAGCUUGUCUCUUCAAGCAAGAAAAUUGAGUUCAACAAAGAAACUCCGACCUCAGACCGCGAAAAU